AUGAGCUUCUUCCGUUCCUUCGCUACCCGCGCCAACACGGCCGCGCGCUUUAUGUCUACGACUGCCAAGCCCAAUGUCUUCUUUGAUAUUGCUGUGAACGGUCAACCGCAAGGACGCAUCGUGUUCAAGCUCUAUGAUGAGGUUGUGCCCAAGACGGCUACUAACUUCCGUGAGCUUGCUACUGGCAAGCACGGCUUCGGUUACGCUGGCAGCGGCUUUCACCGCAUCAUUCCCGACUUCAUGAUCCAGGGCGGUGACUUCACGCACCACAACGGCACAGGUGGCAAGUCCGUCUACGGCCCCCGUUUCGCGGAUGAGAACUUCACUUUGAAGCACAACAAGCCUGGACUUCUCUCCAUGGCCAACGCCGGACCCGGCACGAACGGCAGCCAGUUCUUCAUCACGACUGUCGAGACCAAAUGGCUCGACGGCAAGCACGUCGUGUUCGGCGAAGUUUCCGAGGGUAUGAACAUCGUCAAGGCCAUCGAGGCCCUUGGUUCUCCCUCUGGUGCACCAAGCAAGAAGGUCACUAUCUCCAGCUCGGGCGUCGUCGACGCUUGA